AUGCCGAUAUCCAGAUCAGAGAGCAGAAACGAUGUGGCUGACGCACAGUUGGAGUACCAACAAGAGUUGGAAGCACUGGAAAGACAUUAUCGUAAGAUGAAAAAUGAGAAAAAAAGCUACAAAGUGGAGACCGAUAACAUUCUCCGGCGCCAAGAAUGCGAGAUUGAAAAACUCGUGAGAGAACAUGAAGAUAUGGAGGCGUUAUUAAAUGUUUCACUUAGUCGAUACAACAGAGAUUUUGACAAAGGAAACGUGAAAAAAUUGAACAAAUUGUUAGAAAAAGAUAUCAUUGUGCAAGAGGCGUUUUCCGAGGGCAAUCAUGCUUUAGUUGCACUCGAUAAACGUAUAGACGCAACAAAAGAGAGAGUGUUUAAGAAGCAGAUUUUGUGUAAGAAGGCACAGACUUUGGAUCAAUUUUCUAUUCAGAGGCACAUUCGUAUUAUGGAAAAUCGCGUUUACACUGCAAAUAUGAGAUUUAACAAGAUUUUGACGAAAAAUUCAAAACUAAAAGGGACCAUCGAUUACAUCUCAGUUCAAAAGAUGCGAUUCCGCGAGUUAUUCAGAAGGCUACGAAGAGAAUUCAAGCAUGGAAAAACAGAAAUAGACAAUGUGGUUGAAUCUAGUCUUGGAUAUUUUCAUGCUCGCGAUGAAGCUCAACAUCGUAUGGCGUUCUUGAGAGAAAAAGCGGAACGUGACCUUGCUCUCUAUAACAUGGAAUUAAAGGACGUUAUGAGGAUUAUUGAUCAUGAUCGAAAGCUUCGAAUUUUCAUGAGCACGAAAACCGAAGAUCGCUCAGGUAUCUUAGAACAGGCUAUCUUCAAGCGUCAAAACAAGCGUAUGACGAACUUACUUGGAAAUCUUAAAGUAGAAGCCACCAAGUACGAAGAGAUAUUUAGCAAAAUAAGAGAGGUAACUGGCAUUUACGAUAUUGAUCAGUUGGUUUCGCGGUUUAUCAAAAUUGAGGACGAAAAUUUUGCUCAAUUUAACUACGUGAAUGAAGUGAGUACCGAGAUCGAGGCUCUCCAGGAAGAGAUAAGAGAAAGAAAGGCAGACAUGGCAGAUAUGGAAAAGACGAGCACGCAGGUCGACAAACGACGCAGAGAGAUCCUGAGUAAACUCGAAGUAAGAUUCUCGGAUGUUUGCUCGAAGAAGCAGAAGAUACAAGAACAAUACAAGCAAGCUAAAAAAAUGUUGGAGCAAGUUAAACCGAGGAUUGAUCAUCUAUUUAGAAGUGUGAAAUGCAAUCGUUCUGCCGUGACUGAUCUUCUUGGCAAUACCAAUGGCUUAACCGAGGAAAACGUGAUGUCUUUUCUUGGCAUCAUCGAACAACGUACCAACGAGCUGCUUCAAGUGCACUGCAUUCAAAAAUUGAAACACGGUUUAGAAGACGCAAACAAGCAUCUUAUGAUAGCUGAUGCAAUAUUUCCUGUGGCGGCAGAAAAGUAUCCACCAUUGUCUAUCAAACCACCCUCAAUUGCCGACGACGAUGACAUAGGUGGCCCAAUAUGCGACCUCGCAGAUAGCCAACCAGUAUCUUUUAAAGAAGCUAAAGCGUUAGUCAACAAAGGAGUUGUGUGUGUGAGAGAGGUGACAGCGGAUCCGAAGAAGCAAGUUCGAAGUGUUGUAUAA